AUGGCUCCUACUGUAAGUAAAUUGACUAAACGACCAUUAAGCAGCCAAACAAAAGAAAUUUUAUACAAAUUGAAUACGUAUUUCAAAGAUUUAAACGACAAGGAUAUGUCAAGUGUCGUUACGUCGGCCCAAUUGGUAGCGACAUCGAUGGGAAUUCCGCUGUCAACUGUAAAAAAGGUUUUAUUAGAAGUUAAAGAAGAAAAAGCAUUUGACGAUCGAGACGCCGCUAUUGACGGUUUAUCGGAGCGAUUCAUUAUUAACACAGGCUCUGAUGAGUCAUCAGACGAGAGUGAAGAUGAAGAUGCAAUGAGCGGAGAAGAGUUAUAA